UAAUCUCUCUCUUCAUCUAUAAAUACCCAUUUCUUGAUUCUUUCUUCUUAUUCUCUCAACAUCACUCGCUAGUCUACGAAACCAACAUCUUGUUUGGUGCUCGAGAAAAUUAUGAAGAUAGUGAUCAAGGUGACAACUUGUUGCGAUAAAGGCCGAAGCAAGGCCUUGAAGACAGCUGCCAUUGCAGAUGGUGUGAAUUCUGUGGCAUUGGAGGGAGAUGACAAAGAUAAGUUGGUGGUGAUCGGAGAAAGAGUAGACGCAGCGUGCUUGACCAGAGCACUUCGGAAGAAGAUAAACUAUGCAGCCAUAGAAAGUGUAGAAGAAGUGAAGCCUGAGGAGAAGAAACCUGAGGAGAAGAAGCAGGAAGGUGACAAUAAAAAGAAAGAUGAAGAUAAUACGCCAACUCCACAUUGCUGUCAACAACCUCCUCGUUGCGAAUUAGUCAGUGUGGUUUAUGAUACUAAUCCAGGAACUUGCACCAUCAUGUGAAAGUUUUUUUCUUUUUUUUUUUUUUUUUUUUUUUAAGAAUCCGCUGACUGGACUGGAGUUCCUACCUGCCCUCUAUAUUACUUGUGGUCUAGGUUUUCUGGUAGAAGACAAAUUUUAUUUUAUUAAUAAUUUUACAUGCAUUUAUGAAUUUUAGUGAAAAAAUUAUUCUCUCUCA